AUGUCUCACACUCGGACAAACAUCACGAAAGCCAAACGCGAUAACUUCUGCCAAUCAUGCCGCAAGCAGUUUUCAAAAAAGGAACACUUGACUAGACACUUGCGCUCCCAUACUCGGGAGAAACCUUUCUCCUGUCCAGAAUGCGGCAAAGUCUUCGGUCGCAAUGACACUCUCACGCGACAUAUCCGGACUCAUCGGCCCUCAGAUGUUUAUCCAAUACCCAUGGCUCCAGCAUCAUCCGAAACCAAUCUAAGGUCUGCAAGGCCGAGUUUCGGCAAUGGCGUCCAGGCCAUUCCUGUGUCUCCCAAGUCACAACCCGAAUUUCAGGAUAGGUCGCAACCAAUUGUACCCGCCCAGUCGACUAUUCCUUAUGAAAACUUCUCGCCAACGAAUGCCAUCGCCCCCGAGUUAGCAACAGAACAUUCUAUGAUGGACAGCUCUCCAAGUCAAGCGUCUUUCAGUCCCACAUCGAUGAAUCGGUUGUUUGACGACAUAUUUGGUAAUGCCACAUUCGAAUCAGAGAUUUCGAUGUGGAUGAACAGCGAAGACUUGGGGACCAGUUCUAACUUACACACUUUUGAUUCAUCCGAAUCAUUGAUGUCUUUCCAACUUCCGGAUGGGAUGAUUGGAUCAGAUGCCACAGAUGUUCAUCACUAUCGCCGGGCUGAUGGAAAUCUCGCCACCUUGCCCAAAGAAGACCUUUUGCGUCAAAAAUGGUUUAGCUUUGUUGGUGUACAGAGCACGGGCUACUCCACCCCCGAAUAUGGAGCCGAGCGAACCCCGGACCAAAGUCUCCCGUCUGCGGAUUUCCUGAACCUCUGCCUUCAGAUGUUUCUCACUCGGUUCAAUCCCAUUUUCCCAAUAAUCCAUGUUCCGACUUUUCGGCUCUCAAGCAACAAACCACUUCUGCAUAUGGCAAUGUGUACAUUAGGAAGUUUGUUUUUGGGGUCCCCUCAGGCUAAAAACAUGGGACAAAGGAUGUUCGAUCGGCUGCACAAAGCAUCGUUAGCCUCGUGGGAGAAGUACGUAUCACGUGGCCCCGAUACAGCUCUCAUGGUCAUCCAAGCGGCUCUUCUUGGGCAUACAUAUGCAAUACUUUCGGGAAAGCCGAGCAAUCUUUUAACAAUGCAGUCCUUCCAUGGAACCAUAAUUGCUUGGGCAAGAAGGUGUGGUAUGUUUGAACAAUCCAAAAAUGCUGCCACCGAUCUAUAUGUGGGCAGUCAGGAUCUAGAAAGCAAGUGGAAGUCCUGGGCCAAACGCGAAGAACGAUCCAGAGCCACCGCUGCCAUUUAUAUCCAGGACUCUGAAUAUUCCACCCUGUUCACAGAAGAUCCUCUCUUGCGCCACGCCUCAUUUGAGUAUCCUUCACUAUGUUCCAAUAAUUCAUGGGAGGCCAACACCGACCAGGAAUGGAUAAUGACCACACCAAAUAGUCACUCCGGUGUGACUGCCGCUGAACGCCCCUUGUCAAUGGAUCAAAGCUACUUUCCUUACUCCUCGCAGGGGGCAGAUGAACGCGGAGUCUUUGGCGCAUACGCCAAAUUGGAGAGCAUCUCAGCGUCAAUAUCUGGGGCUAAGGGACUAGGGACCUGGGUCACCAUGUCCGCCCACCUUGAAAAGGCUUUACUAGAUUUCCAGGUCAACCAUCCUCAGCUUUUCGAAAGCCCUGGUCACGACCAAUUCAGUCUUGAAAUCCUAUGGCAUUCAGCGUUUAUCCAACUAUCCGCAGACAUGGAUCACCUUGAGAUUUGCUCUGGACGAGAUGGGUUCGAAAAGUCUCAUCUGCAUUGUGAGUAUGCUAGAAAUUGA